AUGGGGCCCGAAGAUGCCGAGCGCUCCGCCGUGAGAGAUAAGAGUGAUGCCGCCGACCGCGAGACGCCAGCACCGUCACCUCCAGAUGGAGAAGAAGCCAAGGCUGAUGUGACGGAGACUGAGGCCAAGGUGCUGGCGGUGGCGUUCCCAAUGGCACCAAUCGAUCGCUACGGCUUCCUCGUCACCGACAAGCGCUACAACGGAGGCCACACGGCUCCCAACGCGUACAAGCACGCGGUGUGGCUCGAGAACCGACGAACGCAGAAAUGGGUCAAGAUGAUCGGCAAGCAACUCGAGGACUGGGAGGUCUGCCAGCUGCGGUAUGCGGCCACACUCAAGAAGCGCAUCCGCAAGGGCAUCCCAGAGGCGCUGCGUGGUCGCGUUUGGAGCCAUCUGGCUGGAUCGUCGCAAAUGCUACUGAACAAUCCAGGUGCUUACCACCAACUGCUACAAACGGCUCGGGUGCCGUGUGAAGAGACCAUCGCGCGCGAUAUCGGGCGCACAUUUCCUCGCCACUCGCUGUUUCGCGACCGCUCCUCGCUGGGCCAAUGCGCUCUGAUGAAUGUGCUGAAGGCGUACUCGUUGCACGACCCAGAGGUGGGCUACUGCCAAGGCAUGGGCUUCCUCUCAGCUAUGUUUCUGUGCUACAUGCCAGAGCAGCAGGCCUUCUGGCUGCUCGUGGCGUGCCUAAACCACAAGCGCUACGGGCUGGCCGACCUCUAUCGCCCCCGCAUGCCAAAGGUUCCCGAAGUAACCUUCGUCUUCCAGGGGCUUUUCAAGCAGAUUAUGCCUCAACUUUCGGCCCACCUUGAGAACGAAGGCUUGCACCCGACGAUGUACCUGACGCAGUGGUUCCUCACUCUCUUCACCUACAAUUUUCCGUUCGAGUUCGUCACUCGGGUCUGGGACGCCUUCCUCCACGAGGGCUGGAAGGUUAUCUAUCGUGUUGCGCUCGCGCUGCUCAAGGUUUCACAAAAGACAUUGCUGAGUUCCAAGUUCGAAACCAUCAUGGAGUACUUCCGGGAUCUCCCCAACAAGAUCACGCACAUGCUGGAGAAAUACCACAGCUCGUCAGCUGCCUCGUGA